GCCUAACCACAUAUUACAAAAAAUCUCUGUACAGCCAUUCAAAGUUCUAGGCUGGUGACUCUUCUUAAAUUCAGUGUCUCUGGACAGGUAUACUUAGACCGUCAUUAGUUUUGUCUUUCAGAACGUUAUAUUAGUUUCACGUCUGUCGUUGGCCGUAUUAUCUCCAUUCAUUUGGCUUGAAUUCUACAACUACAAUUUAAAUAACGAACUUUUUGGAUAUUAUCCAUCAUCUUGAUAUUUUGAAGAAAAAAAUUAGACUUUUCCGAGACUGGAAUCUGUAUGAUCUAAAGUUUUCACGGCGACAAAGUAAAAUUAAUUCUUCUCGGAGUACCAGCCAUGUCAUGUGGUUCAAUGGUGAAAACACCAACGUUUCGAGAACCAUCGUCGUCCUCAUCCUCAGGGUUCUGAAGCGGUUGGAGAAACGACCAACAAACGAUGAAGAUAGCCAAGGGCGGAGUCCCUCGCAAGAGCGAGCAAUCGUUCCUUGCUAGGCAACAUCAUUCCUGCGUACGAAACGCAUUGCUUGAAAUGGUAAACAAUAUCCCUACAACUAAAACGGGGUUGUGCUUACGCUAACGGGGGUUUUGUCUUGGCGGAAAGCCUUGACUAUUCAAACUAGGGUCUGUUUCUACUGAUGGGAGGUUAUCUUCAGGCAACUUGUCCUUUGUGAAAAGGAUUUUGGUUGGAUAUACCCUAGUGAGUGGGAUGAGUAGGAUCUUCUCGAAGAGCUUUCCAACAGUGUCAAGAAGACUGGUGUGGCCUCCGAGGUAUUGGAUAAUUUCAGUUCUCUUACGAACGCAUCGCCUCAUUAACCAUCUAAAUAACUGCUGGGUCCGACUGCUAGUCCACUGGUUGAAACUGAGCCUCAAGAAUCUCGCCCAGGGCUUCCGCUAUCUCUGUUCACUACUCAUUCCUCCACUCAUUCAGUCCAUUGUUCACCAGCUUCUGGAGGCGGUUGACCUGGGCUUUCAAAGCGGAUAGGCACGUGACAGGAGCUUUGUGGAAAACAAAGAAUGCCGGAUCGUUUCUCACCAGUAGCAACACCUUCUGGUGUGAAAAGUUACUGCCUUGGCUGGAAUUUUUAUAUAUUUGUAUUAGAGCAAUAAUAAUUAUGGCCAAAUCUGAUAGGUAUUCUAGAUCCUGGGUUUGGUAGAUGUUACUUGAUAUAUGUUAUUAAUCUGAGGAGUCAGCUCUCUGGUAGAGGAGGUCCUUUUGCUAUGUACUAUCAUCCUUGAUUUUAAGUCAUGUUUUUAAUUGGCUAAUCCCUUCGUUGUUUGUAGUUCACGGUAUUUCGAAGAUUGUUUUCGUGUGUUUGGGGAUAUGCUAGGUUAAAGGUUGUGCUAAUGAAUAAUGAAUGAAAAAAAGAAGGCAAUAAGAGGUCGGUCUUUGCCACCGACUAUAAAAGGUGAAGUAAGUGGUUAUUUAACAAUGAAAGUGGAUGAAAUUGUUUGGUGCAGAAAAUCUUGCAUGAAAACAGUUGUAUUCGUUAAGUGGUGGGGUGAAGAUGAACCAGCAACGUUUAGGCCAGUGAAUGUAAAAUUAAACCUGAAUGGGAUUGCAACAGACACAUCAAUUUGUUAUGAGAUAAGGACAAAUAUCAGCUUGUUUGAAGAAUAUUUGAAAGACUCUGAAGUACUGUGUCUUCAUGUUGUUGAUAAAGAUCUGUUUACAGUUGUGGGGCUUGUGACAAUACCUGAAUUAUGUACAUUAAUACGAGAGAAUCCAUAUCAACAUUAUUUUCCAAUUGUGAAUACAUUUGGGGACAGAAUUGGUGAUCUCCAUGUUGGAUUCAGCUUUCAGUUUAUUCAUGAACCUGAAAAUGCAAAUAAUUUCUCAAGUGUAAAGAGUGUGCAAGAAAAGUCUAGAAAUAGAAGUAUGUCAUCUAAAGAACAUUCUGUAUAUGGACAGAGAAGGAGACUGAAACAGUGCCAUGAACAUUACAAAAUUUUUCCCAGUGAUACAUCAAAAUACAUAUGUGACAUUUAUAAAUCUCAGCAAACAAGACAACGUAAGAUUGUUCCAGAUUCAUUGAUAUCAGACAUUUUAAAACAAGGGCAGAGACUUCGUGAUGCUAUGGUUAGAUCAAUCCUUGAAGAUGACAGAAUAAUAUCAAAUGAAGGCAUUGAUGCACUUAUGUCUGAUAGUUCAACUGAUAAAACACUUGGUACAUGGAAUGAGAGCAGAAAAGUGUUGUUUGAUGAGGCAGAGGUCAUGGAAUUUGUUUUUGAGGAAAUGGGUAAAAGCAAGGACUUUGUUAUAAAUGGUCAUGAGGCUUUCGGAAAGAAAUAUAGCAACAUGUUUGAUUCAGAACCAGAAAGUGAUGCUGCUUCUUCAGUCCCGACCUCAGAAGGGAAAAAUAGUACUGAAAGAAGAGAGGAAUGUGGUAGCCAGAUUGCUGAAAGUAAAGAAGCUAAUAUUAGACCUUUACAGUCAGAGACCAUUCUUCAUAGAGACUUCCUAAUGAAAAAUGUUGACAGUAUUCAAAUUAGAGUACAUAGCUUGGUCAUGAACAAUAAUGGAAGGAAUCAGUAUCAAGAUUGUGUACAGGCAGAAACCAAAAAAAUGAAUUUGCUUAAUAAAUUGCCUGUGCAGUGUGGGACAGUUUACUUUGUUGAAUAUGAACUUGUGUAUCCAGUUGAUUUAAUAUCAAGGGGAAAGAGAAGAAUAAUAAAGCAACAAGACAUAAGCAAAUAUUCAAAGAAUAAUGGGCCUGAUCACAGCAUUGUGAAGAGGUUCUGUUCAAGGAAGAAAAUUGGCUCAGAUAUUUAUUUUGGACAGAGUUCAUUGCAUGUACUACCAACAAGCAAGGCUUCAUUGCACAGACUUCUAAGAGAUGUCAUCAUUACAUUUAGGAUUUACUCUCGUCAGUUACAUCAGAGAAUACCUUCACAAAUUGGUGAAGCACAAAUGGGAAUGACUGACAUUUUAUUAUCGGAAACAUUUAGCAUUUACAAAGAUAUAGAAGUUUUACAUACAACCAAGGUACCUGAAUGUGAAGUAGUUUUAGGAGUUUUGAAGGUUAAAGUUGAGCUAGGGUCAGGACAGAAAUAUUUUGGUAAUAAUCUUCUGAAAGAAAUAAAUAAUGAAGGCUUGUGUACUGAAGCUGGCAGUGGCUGUGAAGGUGUGAAACUUGAUAUAUUUGGAAAUAAUAAUAAGAGUACCCUAAAUCAUGUGCCAGAUUCAAGGCUGACUCCCAGACUUCAUGUUUCUGACAUUUCAAAGAGGACUUUAAAGAAAGGGAAAAGCUUUGUAAGCUAUAAGAUAAACAAGGAACAGGAAUUUUGCAAGAAUAAUCAACAAAACAUCAAGUUAGAAGACAGAGUGGUAGAUUCUUCACACUUAGAGAUAAACGUGAACAAGCCUAUUCUCCUCUAUGGUUUAUUGCACAUCUCAGAAGGCCAAGGUUUUGAUGGUUUAAAUUCUUACAUGCUUUGUCGAACUUUUUGGAAAGAGGAUGUUAUCAUCAGUGACAUAUAUUGCAAGACGGGAUAUCCACAUUAUAAUUUCCAUGAGUUGAUUCCAGUUCUGUUGUCAGCAGAUCUCCUAGAGCGCAGCCAUAACAAUGUUCUAGUUGUAGAAUUGUGGGAGAGAAAACUUUCUGCAGAUUGUGAUGCGCUGAUGGGGGUUGCUAAACUACCCCUGAACAAGUUCUUUGUUGCAUAUAGAGAUCCUGUAGUUGCUGCUCAGCUUCUGUUAUCAAAGUAUCCUGUAAUUGGUGUUGAUGGAUGGAUAACAGUUAGCAACCCAGUGACAGGCCUGCUAUCUGGUCAUCUUAAUGUGGUACUAGCCCUUGGUACUGAAGAUCAAGUUCAUUUACUAGAAGUAUCUCGUGGUCUUAAAGAAGCUGUCUUCACACCUUCAUUCCAAGAACCUGCACCAACAACUAACAACAGUAAUUGCAAUAUUCAAAUAGCAUCUGUAGGAAAACUUACAUCGAUGGAACCAUCUCCAUGUUUGGUAGAAGACUGUCACAAACCACAGUUCUCAGGGAUAUCUGAAUCUCAGGCAAGGCACGUCAACAAUAAUUCAACAAUAACUUUAGAAUUGCCUCAGGGUCUCUAUGAACAGGUGCAUGUAAUGGAAUCCUUGCAAGAGUGUUCAUAUAAUGAUAGUGUACCUAUAUUAGGUACCCAAGAAAAUCUUAGAAGUGUGUCAGUAGAUGCAAAUGAUAUAAUGGAGUCAUUGCCUUCAUCAACAUCAGAAUUGUACAAAGUUAAAGAUAAGAGAGAGCUGAAUAGUGGUACCAGGUUCCAGGGAAAUUCAGGAACAAAAGAGUUCUCUCAUUAUAUUGUGGAUCACCAAGAGAAGAAGUCACAGUUACAAUCAAAAAAUUAUCAGUCUUUACAGUCUGGUCCCAGACUGAAAACUGAUAGCAUAUUUAAUGCCAAAAUAGGCACUAUUAAGCCUUCAAAUAUGCAAGAAAAUAUUGGAUUAAGUACAGAUCUUCAGGAAUCGCAAUCUGACAUACUUGUCUUAGAUUUGAGUAAUUCUGAUAUAGUAACAUUACAGAACUCCCCUAAAGCCACUGAAAGUGAAUUUCCUAGAUGUCCACCACUUGAUAUUAUUUCAGACAUGUGUGUUAGUAACAGUGAGACAUCAAAUGUGCAACCAGGAGACUUGAGUGACUCACUUAACAGUGAUUUUUUACAAAAUGAGCUCAUAAAGGGAAGACUGGGUGAUAAAGAAUUGUCUCCAUACUGCUGCCAUGCAUCACUGUGUCACAUUCUUACUACAUUUAACAGUGGUUUAAAGGAUAGUAAACUACUUUGUUCUGAGUCGGAGAGAACCGAUUUGAAUAGUGACCAUUUCUUAGGAAUGAUCAACCAGGCUUCAAAUGCAAGGCAGUUGUCAUCUGUGUUGCACGAGUCAAUAGAAUCAAAGUCUGCUGAAAUAGAUCCUAAAAGUUACUUUCAAGUUCAUCUGGAAAUAGAAAGGGCCAUGUAUCUUCAGUGUCACAGUAAGCUUAAGGGAACUGAGACUACAGGAGCUGUUGUACAACCAAGCACCUACGUUACCUGUCAAAAUGGCAAUAAAUCAGAAAUGAAGAUGUUUACUCCACUAGUGUCACACACUGCCAAUCCAUCAUGGUGCUGGCAUUGUGAUACUUGGUUGCCAUCAGAUCUCCUGACAGAUAAUUGUAAACGCUUUAUCUUCAAAGUUUGGCAAAGUGUGACUGGGUAUUGCAAGGACCCUCUCAGAGACAUAGUUUUGGGCUUUGCAGCUGUUGAUCUUACUGUUUUACUUUUUGGAAUGCCAUGGGUAUCUGGAUGGUUUAAUAUUACAGAUUUUGCAGGACAGUGCAGUGGUCAGAUUAAGAAGCUUAUAGUGUCUCAGCUAGUUAAUCAAGAAAUUGACUACCUUAGGAAUGUAAAGAUCAGCAUAACACCUCUGGAGAACUUAGGUCGUUUCAGCCAGUAUAAAACAUCUGAAUUAAAUAAACUGCAGGGAAACUGCAUUGGCAAGCAAGAUUCUGAUUGUGGUUGUAUGGAUUAUCAGAAGACUCAGGGGGACAAAUGUAACUGGAAUGAUGAUAUCACAGUUACCUCUUCAUGUGAAGUUAAUGACAACAGUUAUGAUGUACCUCGUGUCCAGUCAGAGAGGUCUGAACUACAGAGCUCAGAUAUAUUUACAUGUGAAACAUCCUGUACUGAUGAUGUAUUAACACAUCAUACAAGUAACGGACCAAAUGGCUCCCUUUCCAGUGUAAGAGAUUGUUUAAUAACAUGUGAUGCUGAGUUUCAAGAACGUACAUCAGUUCUCUCUCAAGCAUUGAAACAAAAGCUUUCCGAAUUGGAUGAAAUUACACAGAGAUUAAAGAAGAGGUUACAUUUUGUAACAAACGAAGAUUUCAUUCCACCAUUCUUUCCUUGGAUACAAGGAAAUGAAAAUUCCUUAAGCUCUCAAGCAGCCAGUCAAACUGUAACAAGUACAAAUGAGAGGAAGAAUUCAGAAAGUGAAAUUGCAUCAUUUGUGAAUAAAGGAACAAAUAAAGAAAAUCCAUACUUUAAAGUUACUAUAGAUGAGUCUCCGAGACAUGUUACAUUGGGUUAUUCAGAGUUUUCAACACACACAAAUGACAUGGAAAUGUUUUGUUUGAAGAAUGCAGAAGAAAAUCAUCAGAUACCCAGAAAUUUUUCUUGUAAAUGUAAAAAUUUUCAAACUAGCAUUGUGUGCCCAUUACAAGUGAAUAAUUCUGCAAACUUUUCAGGCACCAGUAUGCAUUCAUUGCCACAGAAUAAUGUAACAAACAUUCAGUGCUACGUAGGAAAAGAGAGUGAAAAUGAUAUAGUAAGAAAGGCAUCAGUGAAUCAUAGAGGCUCACUGGCAAAUGUCUGUUAUCCUUCUGACCCUGUCGGCAGUAAAAUUCGUGGAUAUCAACUUGGUGAGAACUGGAAUAAAGGUGUUUCUAAAACUAAAUUGAAUGAAACAGGGUUAUUACCUGCUGAAAUUAGAUCAGAGGUUGAGGAUACAGAUGGUUUUGAUGAAAUGACUGAUUACUUGAUGGAAACAUCUGCUAGAGAACUUGAACUAGAGAAUGUAUUCAAUCCACUUCUCUUUCACCAGUUACUAAGCUCCUAUGGUCAACUGAAAAUUCCUGGUUUUGUUGAUAAACACAAUCUCCAGUGUAAUCACAGGUCACCCCAAGUUAGCAAGGAUACUCAGCCAAACAUAGAAACAGUUGACUGUUGUAAUGAUUGUGAAGGUGCUGCAGAACUUGAAAAUAAUGUCAGAAGAAUUGUGAUGUAUAAUCAUUAAAAAUACAUUAAGAAAUGAUAGACUGUGAGUUAAUAGUAACUUCUGAACUUAUGAUGUGGAUAAAACUAGAACAAUGGAUAGGAAUUUUGAUAUGACAGAAGAAAGUAGAACUUGUCAUACAAAAGAAGUGAAUGACAAGUGUUUCAUCUUCAGGUAUAAUUCAGUAUCUGUAACAUGAAUAAGUAACAUGAAUCACCUCUUAGUGGUAUUUCAUUAGAAAUAACAGAACAGCAGGAAAGUGCAUGUACCAUAUUCACAAACACAACUUUCACACAUGUUAUAAGCUUUACUUAUAAAAUUUUGUAGAACUUAAAAUGUUUUGUUGUCAGAUUGAAUUACUUGAAAUUAUGUGUAACUCAGGGAGCCACGUCAGAUGUUGAUGUUUCAUUUGAAGAUUGAUGGUAGAACAUCAAGAAAGGUGGUGAAACAAAGGCCCCUAUAAACCUAGCCCCCUCCACUCAAUUGUCUCAUUCAUCGCCCUGAUAAUGGAGGCAGUAUGACCUCUGAAACGUUGGUUAACAUUGACCAGACUACACGUCGCAACAACCCAGAAGACAGAAAUCUUCAUACUCACCACUGUGAAAACCUCAAAUCUUACAAAGGCCUUAUUUAAUUAUUUUUGAAUAAAAUAAAUAAUGUUAAUUGUAUCAGCCAAGGCCAAUGGGGAAAAAUUACAAGGACUGUACUUGAGAAAAUGUAUAUAAAUGGGAUGCUACAGUGUGAGACACCUGGUUGCACUUUGUCAUUUUGAUUGCACUGAUAUAAUAUUCACACUGCUAGAAAAUGCAUAAGUGAACCAGUAAACGAAUUGUCUUGAAUGUGUAGAACUUUAUUAGAAGUAAAUAUUGCAAGAACAAUA